CGCACACAUACUCCGUUGUCUAUCUCUUCGAUCACAAGCUAGCUUAGCUGCACAGAUCACAGAGAGCUUAUCAUUAUCCAUCUUUCUCAUUUGAAGCCGUCGAUCGAUAGCGAGUGACCUAUCACAGCGCAGCGAUCGAGCAGGGUGAUCGACCGUUAGCAGCAAUGGGCAACGUGGAGGCGACGCCGUUCGCCGUCUCGCCGGAGCUCGGCGACGCGCUGGCCAAGGUGGCCGUGUUCGCGCUGGUCUACGUGAUCCUGCGCAGGUCGUCGGACGUCUUCGCGCCGGGGAGGACGCCGAGCAGGUCGCUCAGCUUCCGGCCCAUGCGGAGCAUGAGCGUCCGCCGCGUGCUGGCCGCGUUCUCCGACGUCCCCGUCGGCGUCCCGGAGGACGGCAGCGCCGGCGCGCCGUCGCCUUCGCCGCUGGAUCAUCCGGGGGCUGACGAGCGUGCCAGCUGGCUGAAGUGAUCCUUCGGCUCGAUGCAUGGUUCUCGGCGGCACCUGGAUUAAACAAACAUAGUGAUCGACCGAUCCUAAUUCCUAAGCCUAACUAGUACUAGGAACUACCCACACCAAAAUUUUCAUUUAUUAUUAUAUGUAAAUGGUAGUAUUUGAGGUGUGACGUGUACUCGUGUACGGUUCUAUGUAUGUACAGAUAGUUUCUGUAU